AUGGCUUCCAAAUUCUGGCCCAAAGGCGGCCUCCCCGGCCUCCUACACCACUAUACCGAAACCCUCGUCACCUUCGAAUACACUAGCACGCCCACCCCCAAACCCAACAGCCUCAUCUUCAUCGGCGGCCUCGGUGACGGCCUUUCCACAACCUCCUACACAGCAGAUCUCGUCCGGGCCCUCGCCCCAACAACCUGGUCCCUCUUCACCCUAAACCUAACAUCCUCCCACCAAGGCUGGGGCCUCGGCCACCUCGACCGCGACACCAACGAGAUCGCCCAGUGCGUGCAGUACAUCCAGUCAUACAAGCGUGACCUACUCCCGUGCGACAAGGGGGGCAAAGUCGUCCUCAUGGGCCAUUCCACAGGCAGCCAGUGCGUGCUGCACUAUCUGUCUCGGGAGAAUCCGCACGCGGGACCCGCGCCGGCGUUCGAUCCGGAUCUGGUCAAUGUGGUGCGACCCGCUGUGGAUGGGGCCAUCAUGCAGGCGGCGGUGUCGGAUCGUGAGGCGAUGCAGUGCGUUCUAGAUGGUGGUAUCGGGGAUCGGUCAGCGGAGGAGUGUCGGCGGGUUUAUGAGAAGAUGGUGAGCUUGGCGCGCGAGGCGGAGAAGGCGCGUGGUGUGGGUGGGGAGGAUGUUGUCCUGCCGCUGGAGUUGACGAGUGUGAUUUACCCUGGGCUGACGGCUGUGAGCGGGCGGCGGUUCUUGAGCCUCGUUAGUCCUGAGAGUCCGGCUACGCCGAGAGAGGAUGAUCUGUUUAGUUCGGAUAUUGGGGAUGCGGUGCUGAGGGGGACCUUUGGGAUGAUCUCGACGUACAUGCUUCUUGUAGGAUUGGAAUACACAAUCUCAAAUUUCACGGACGAGGAUCGUGUUGCAUAA